UGAUAUCAAUCAAGAGCACUCAUUCUAUUCAGAUAAUUCUUGUGAACUUUGUUAUCCUCCUGAGGAACCAACCGCUACCUUUUUGAUCUUUUGGCAUUGGCUCCAAAUGGAAUUUUCUGCUACCACUUACAUAUCCAAAACCCAGGAAUAUUUCUAA